AAAAUUUAUUUUUAAAAAUCUUCUAAAAAACAAAAAAAUGACUCUUCAAUGGACUAUUAUUGCGUUUAUUCUUUACGCGGAGAUUUUUGUACUUCUUAUACUUAUGCUCCCUUGGAUUCGACCGACAAUGUGGAAGAAGGUUUUCAACAGUCGAAUAGUUCACAGUUUUAAGAAUUUUUCGAAUGUUUAUGCCUACGCUUUUAUUUUUGUUUUGCUUCUUCUGUUUGUUGAUGCUACCAGAGAAGUGCGCAAAUACAGCCACAUUGACAUUGCCAAAGAAAUCCCAGCUCGUGCUGAUGCAGAUGCUGUUAUUCAUAUGCGUUUGUUUAGGGCCCAGCGCAAUCUCUACAUUAGCGGAUUCUCACUUCUGCUUGCACUUGUUAUUCGUCGAAUUGUCACCCUCCUUGCACGUUGUGCCUAUUUGGAAUUGGCAGCGGAAGCAGCAAUGAAACAGGCCGAAGGGGCUGGUAAAGCUGCCAAAGAUCUCAUGGACAAAAGUGAUGGAAAGGAAACUGAGACGGACAAAAAAUUGCGAGAAGAUUUGAAGGAAAUGAAUUUGAAGUUGAAAAAGGCGGAAACUGACCGUGAUGCAAUGAAAGCUCAAUCUGAGAAUCUCCAAGAAGAAUAUGAACGUGUUACUGCAAAGCUGAGAGAAUAUGAGGCCAAAAAUGCAGGAACUGCUGGAGGUGAUAAGAAGAGUGAUUAA